AAAACUAAAACAAUUUUAACUUUUUAAUUAUAUUAAUUAGUACAUAAAACAUAUUUUUUUAAAUCUCUAGGUACAACUAUGAAUAUAAAAAUCGUUACCAUUCUGAUUUUAUGGAUUCUCGUUAUCGACGGAACAAUAUUACAUGAAGAUAAAUCACAUACUGAAAGAAGUUGUCUCUUCAACAUAGAAGAAGGAGGACAAAUAUGUACUGAUAUUGAAUACAAAUCCCAUGCAGAUGAUUAUGACAUCACAACAAUUUGUAAAACAAUAUCGGUGAAUAAUAAAGGAAAUUCAUUCAAUACUUCAAAUAGUAUCGGAUGCAAUGAUGUAAAAAUACAUUUGAGAACAAAUGCAAUUGGUAUGCCGAUUAAUUUUAAUGGUUUAAUUUUAAGUUCCGAUAAGAAAAGUUUAGAAUUCAUAGCAGACACUAAGUACCCAACAACAUUAAACAAUAUUUUUACAAGAAACCAAAUCGAGUACAACCCCGAUGAAUGGACCAUCUCGGAAUUAUCUAUGUCUAAUGGAGCGGAACCCCCGAAAAAGUUCAAUUAUGAUUUGCUCUUAUGGAAAGCUAAUACCAAUGAAGAAUCGUUCGAGAUCAAAUGGAAACAAAUAAAUUCAAUUAAAAUGUGUAUAUCUAUAUCCUAUUUACUAGAAGAUGAAUCGAAAUGUACUUUGUCAAUGGCCUUAACUGAUAAAGACAAUAUUGACGAAAGAUACAUAUUAUAUUCUAAUUUAACAGAAUCGAAAGAAUUAAAAACGGUAUUAUUAAAAAGUAAUAAUUGGUUACAUGAAAAUAAAACAUAUAAAUUAAAUUUUAAACUCAAAAAGAAAUCGGAAGUAAAAAGGUACGAUUACGAAAGUUCUUAUGAAAACGAGUUUAUUUAUACGAGUAAAACAAUAUAUGCCGAAGGUUGUAAGAUUGGAAUCAAACGUAUAGCUCAAUGCACAGAUGACUAUGAAAACGAAGAAAUAUUGACAAUAACAGCAAAAGAAUUACAAAAGACUCCAUCUUCAGCUUCGUUAACAUUCAACGUUUAUCCAUUUGUUUCUGAGUCACAUAAAAAAGAUAUUUCACUGUCUAUGGAGUGCCUAAACGGAGGAUUUGCUAACAAAAAUGGUUGUACGUGUCCUCCCGGUUUCAAAGGAAAUAACUGCGAACAUGGAUGCGGACCGAAUACGUUUGGAGUUGAUUGCACCGGAAUGUGUUCAAUGCAUCUAACGCAGUGUCGACGGAUGAAGUUUUGUACUCGCGGAUUUGGAUGCAAAUGUCCAGCGGGAUAUAGUGGAGACGACUGCGGUACAGAAUGUACAAGUGGUACGUACGGUGUAAAUUGCGAGCAACAAUGUUCAGAGGGAUGUCGUUUUAAAUCAUGUGACGUUUACACCGGCAUUUGCAACAGAGGAUGUACGACCAAUUACAUAACACCGGAUUGUAAAGAAAAAUAUCCAUGGCUCAAAUCUCCGCCACAACUGGAAUCGUCGGAUUUUAAGUCACUAAAAUUGAAAAUUAAUUUUAAUUCAGAAAAUAUACUAGGCAGCAGCAAUGUUACCUCUGCCUAUUAUCAAAUUGUAUAUAAGGAUGCUUCAAACGAAUCAAAAUAUCAAUACAUGGAACUUAAAGAAAUUGGACAAGAAAAAUCUGUAGUGGAAAUCAUAGAUGGUCUCAAUUCGGGAAUAUCGUACACUUUUGGUGUGAUCUUAGUUUCAGAAGAUGGAAAUUACAACCUAGAAGAUAUGCAAACAAUCAAUUACUCUACAAAGUGCCUAAUGUCAGAAAAUACAAACUUCGAAGUAAACUUAAUGAGUGGCACAGACUACAUAAAUGUUACUUGGAACAAGUUUAAUAAUCGAAAUGAAGAAAACUGCAAAAUAACAAAAUAUUUAUUGAAACUAAUAUUUAAUAAUACACCUCUACAGCAAAAAAGUUACUCAGAAGAAGUAAUAUCUGAAAAAAAUGAUGGAUAUACGUUUGAAAAUCUACUACCAGGUAAAAAAUACGCAAUACAAAUAAUAGAUAUAUCGACAACAGGUCAGACUAAAGCAUCAAACGUUUCAUAUAUUUACACCAAAUCUUACGAACUUAUUCAAAUAAAAAACAUUAAAUCCAAAUUAAAUCAAAAUUCAUCACUAACAAUAACGUGGGACGUUGAUGAAAUUCAUGCAAAUACGCCAUUAAAUUUUGAAAUUAAAUACAAGGUCAAUAAGCAUUUUAGUUGUUCAAACGAAAUCAUUACAAACAACUGGACAUCGCUUUUAGUUUACAAUCAGACGAAAGGAGAAAUUUGGGAUUUGAUACCGAACACGCAGUAUGUUAUAAAAGUUGAUCCAUUAGUUAAAGGAUAUACUUAUGACAACUAUACUAAUAUGAUUUUCGUAAAAACACCUACCUCUAAACCUAAGUUAACACCUGUAAUUAAUGAUGAAAAUGGUUUGUAUACCACCAAUCAAAGUGUACAUUUCAGUUGGAAGAUAAACAAGACCGAGUGUUCUAAACUAAAUGGUUUCUUUCGAGGAUACCAGAUCAUACUAAAAGAUAAUGUGGAAGGCACGCAAGUAAUAAAGUCCAUAAAAGAAAACUCGGUGACAAUUAAUGAAUUAAAACCUGAAAACAACUACGAACUGCAAAUAUACGUAUUGACAAAUUACGGAUACAACUUGGAACAUGGAUUGUUAAUACCGUUCAAAACCAAAACUAAAUUUUUAGAACCAGUGGAUGAAUUAAUUGUUUAUAAGAAAAACUUAAAGCGUAAAUCGAUUGGAGUCAGAUGGAGUUUCCACGAUGAAAACGUCAUCAAUGGUUUUAUUGUCGUCGUAAUCGAUGAAACUUCGAAUAAUACAAAAGAAAUUUUCAAAGAACCUACAAGAUGCGUUGCUUGGCCAACAUUUUACUGUACUACUAUUGAAAACCUUGUACCAAACAGCCAAUACACCAUAAAAAUAAAAGCCAAGUCAGUAGACUAUCCAACAGGUGGUUCAACAGCAUCGGUCGUCACUAAUUUCAAUGAUGGAUUUGCAGAUAAACCGGAAAAUCUCAGAGCAGUCGACGUUGGCUCCACAAACAUUACAUUGGUUUGGGACAUUCCGUGGAUACUCAACGGUGAACUGAAAUCGUUUAUAUUGAAUACUGAAGAGAUUUCGUCUCAAGACAUCGAUAAAUGUUGUGACAGCAAACCAGACGUAGAGAUUCCAGUAACAGAAGAACUUCCGGCUUAUAACUACACAAUAAAUGACUUAAAGCCCGGAUCUACUUAUUCAAUUGGUGUUUUGUCCAAGACUUCAACAUAUGGUCAAACUAGUAGG